AUGUCGUUUGCUCCUGUAUUCUUAAGCAUCGAUUGCGGGUCUUCUGAGUCUUACACAGACGAAAAUUCAAUAGAAUGGGUAGGAGACGACGCCUACAUUCAAAACGGAGAGUCAAAAGUGGUGCAGUUCAGCAGUUCAGAGGCAUAUCCGAUGAGUACUUUAAGAGUCUUCCCCACAGGGCAGAAGAAAAGCUGCUACACAAUCAAAGUGGAUGAAGGAGAAAGAGUUCUUGUUCGAGCAAGUUUCAACUAUGACAAUUACGAUGGCAAAUUGUCUCCUCCAACGUUUGAUCUUCAAUUCGAUGGCAAUUUUUGGGCAACAGUGAACACAAGUACCACUUUUAGAGUCAUUUCUCACGAAGCAAUUUAUGUUGUGAAGAGAAAUUUCACGAGCAUCUGUGUUGCUCAAACUCACCCUGGUCAGCUUCCUUUUAUAUCUGCAUUGGAAAUCAGAAGCUUGGAUGCCAAUAUGUAUGGCAGUGUUCCUCCGAAUUUUGCUUUGCUUCUUGUGGUGAGGGCAGCUCUUGGUGCAAAUGAAACCAAUAUCAGGUAUCCAGUUGAUCCUUACGAUAGAAUCUGGGAAGCAGCAACAGGAGCAUUUGGAUUAACAACAGUCUCAAAUGAAGCAUCCUCCAUUAAAGUAACUACACCACCUGACAAUCCUCCACCAUUGGUGCUACAAAAUGCUGUAACUUCUUCAAGCACUUUGAUAGGGAUAAAUAUAAUCACAAAACUUCCUGAAAAGCCGACUCCCUUCUUCAUGGCGACCUACUUCUCUGAAGUAACUCAGCUCGGCAGCGGUCAGAAGAGAUCCUUCAAAUUGUUCAUCGAUAGCAAGGCUGUUUCGGCCUCCAUUGUCCCGACUUUUGGAGGUGCCUCUGAAGUUUAUAUUGCUAACAGAAUUGCUUCUGCUAGCAACCAAAUUUCCCUCCUGGCUGAUGAUGACUCCACUCUUCCUCCUCUCAUUAAUGCAAUGGAAGUUUAUACUCUGAGUGGUGAACUAACCAAUGGAACUAAUGCUAAGGAUGUGGUAGGAUUAGGAUUGCUGCAAAAUGGAUUUGAGGUGUUAAAGGGAUGGAGUGGAGAUCCUUGUCUUCCAUCUCCAUAUUCAUGGGAUUGGAUUGACUGUAAUUCUGAUGACAUGCCUCGCGUAACAGCAGUGAAUCUCAGUGGGUAUGAUCUGGCUGGUUCAGUUCCUGAUUUCAGUUCCAUGGAUGCUCUUCAAACAAUUGAUCUGAGUGAUAACAAUUUAGAUGGAUCUAUUCCUGAUUUCCUUGGCACCUUCCCGAAUCUAGCACUAUUGAAUUUGUCAAAUAAUAGAUUCACUGGACCUAUUCCCAGCUCACUGUUAAAGAAUAAAAAGUUGAAAUUAUUGGUGACUGGCAAUUGUUUAAAUGCAACCUCUUGUCCUGCAAGCCCACCCAAAUCCAGUCAGACAAGUAGCCCUUCAAGCCCACCAACUCCGGACCUACCAGCCCCCUCACCCAGCCUGACCAGCCCAACUAGGAAGAGUCCAGCAACACCCAAAACAAGCCCGACAACUAACCCAACAACACCCAGCCCAACUAAUAAAGGCCCAAGCCCAACAACAACCGCGACAAAGCAAGUUGAAACGCCCCCAACCCCAAGCUCAACCGAAAAUGAGACGCCUCCUCUUGCUUUCCAAAAUACAAGCGAUUUCAUAGUAAAUAACAAACUGGCCAUGACAUUGGGAGUCUUAAUUCAACUUCUUGUAUCACUUUCUGUACUAAUUGGGAGGUUUUAG